AUGCGGUUCUGCGAGGUAAGAUCCCGAGAUUGUUGUGGAGAGUGUGAAAGAGCUUCUAAAUGUGAUGACCUGGUAUCUGAUGUUACUGCCCUUUGCGCGUAUGGAAAUGCAAUUACCUCCGCGUACCGCCUCGUCGUCGUGUCUGACGACGGCGGCGAAGACAACCAUGUCUUUAUUUCGCCGGUGUCUCCUGGCGCCGGUGCGCACCGCGUGUGUCUGUCGCUGCGCUGGGUGGCGCGGAACCUGUUUGGGGUCGUUUGGCGCCGUUGA